CCUCGCGCCUGGGCAGACUUCUGGUUAGGUGGUAACUUGUUCAAGCAGCAUCGGGUUAUCCAGCAUUGGUCGCCAUCCAGGGCGUUGGAGGAGGAAGGGCUUCAUCUGUGUGCACCAUACCAGUAUACCGUAGAGGCUAGAGGCUAGAGGCAGAAGUCAGGGCGCGAUCAGGAAGCGCCUACGCAAGCUCGAGGGAGACCUGAUUAGAGCCACUGUAGCCCGCAGCAAUUGGAAGAUGCUCAAAUGUUCCCUUGAAAUUGCGCUUGGGGGAUUUCAAACCAAGAUUUGUGCAGAGCGGCGGGGUUGCCUAGGCGAGGAAUAGGGGGGGUUGCAUGCUGCCCCAGGGGCUGCCCAGUGGGAGCAGUGCAGGGAUCCGACUCAGAUCGCGAGAUCCUAGCCGAGGCACAUCUCCCGCUUGGCAGGAUUCCGGAAGUGACUCUGAUCCAGAGCCAGUAAUCAGGCCCUCGGCCGCUGGACGAGGGAGACGGCAGAAGUUGGCAGAGUGGGUCAAGAAAAGGAGGGAGGCAAUUAUGGCGCACGGAGGGCCGAAGGGGCCUUUGCCUCAUGUCCCGAAGACAAUGGAAAUGUUCCGAUCGGAGGAGAUGCAAUUGGUCCAGCUUAUUAUCCCUGCUGAGGCUGCACAUGAGACGGUGUCCUAUCUGGGGGACAUUGGCCUGCUCCAGUUUAAAGAUUUGAAUGCUGACAAGAGCGCCUUUCAGAGGACCUAUGCCAACCAGGUCAAGCGAUGUGCUGAGAUGGCGAGGAAGUUGCGCUUCUUUAAGGAUCAGAUACAGAAGGCUGACCUCCGGAUCAGCACAGGCGGCACUACUGAAAAAGAAUUGGAUCUGGACGAACUAGAGGGCAAGCUCACGGAACUUGAAACGGAGCUUCUUGAGAUCAACUCCAACAGCGAGAAGUUGAGGAGGAGCCAAAGCGAGCUGGUUGAACUGAAGCUUGUCCUUGAGAAGGCUGGGAGUUUCUUCACGCAAGCAAGGGAUGGGGCUGCUGUACAGCAACGUGAGCUGGAGGACUCUGUGGUAGCAUCUGAGUCGAUGGACAGCCCCCUGCUUCUGGAACAGGAGAUGCAGACGGACCCGUCCAAGGUCGUCAGGCUCGGCUUUGUUACGGGGCUGGUUCCUAAGGCCAAGUCGAUUACUUUCGAGCGUGUGCUCUUCAGGGCAACGAGAGGCAACAUGUUCCUUCGACUUGCUCCUGUGGAGACCCCAGUGAUUGACCCGCAGACGGGAGAAAAGGUGGAGAAGUGCGUCUUUGUCGUCUUCUUUGCUGGUGAGAGGGCUCGCACAAAGAUUCUCAAGAUCUGCGAGGCCUUUGGGGCGAACCGCUACCCCUUCCCAGAGGAUCCAGCCAAGCAGAGGCAGAUGAUGGCAGAGGUGACCGCUCGCCUCUCCGAGCUGGAGACCACCAUCGAGGCUGGCGACCGCCACCGUGACAAUGUCCUCACCAGCACUGCAUAUCAGAUCGAGACGUGGACCGCGCUCGUCCGGCGCAAGAAGGCGAUCUAUCACACGCUUAACAUGCUCAGCAUUGAUGUCACCAGGAAGUGCCUGGUGGCUGAGGGCUGGUGCCCAGUUUUUGCAAAGCCCAAGAUCCAAGAUGCGCUGCAGCGGGCGGCCGUUGACAGCAGCUCCACUGUGAGCACCAUCUUCCAGCCGAUCAACACCCACGAGAUGCCCCCCACGUUCUACCAGACGAACAAGUUCACGUCGUGCUUCCAGGAGAUCGUUGAGGCAUACGGGGUUGCGCGAUACCAGGAGGCUAACCCUGCUCCGUUCACCGUGAUCUCCUUCCCGUUCCUGUUCGCCAUCAUGUUUGGCGACUGGGGCCACGGCAUCCUGAUGCUCCUGGCGAGCCUGUACCUGGUGGGGAACGAGAAGAAGUGGAUGGGCAAGAAACUUGGCGACAUCAUGGAGAUGGCUUUCGGCGGGCGCUACUGCAUCCUGCUCAUGUCCAUCUUCUCCAUCUAUACGGGGCUGAUCUACAACGAGUUCUUCUCCGUGAACUUCCCCAUCUUUAGCAAGGGUGCCUACACGUGCCGCACCCCAGACUGCUCCGACGAGACCACGGCCGGGCUGGUCAAGACUGGCGCCACGUACCCCUUCGGCGUGGACCCGGCGUGGCACGGCAGCCGCACGGAGCUGCCGUUCCUCAACUCGCUCAAGAUGAAGAUGUCCAUCCUGCUCGGCGUGACCCAGAUGUUCACCGGCAUCUUCCUCAGCUACUUCAACGCCAAGUACUUCGACCUGCCGCUCAACAUCUGGUUCGAGUUCAUCCCCCAGGUCGUCUUCCUGGGCUCCCUCUUCGGCUACCUCUCCCUGCUCAUCAUCAUCAAGUGGAUCAGCGGCUCCACGGCCGACCUGUACCACGUCAUGAUCUACAUGUUCCUGAGCCCGGGGACUGUCGAGGCGGAGAACCAGCUCUUCUGGGGGCAGGCUUUCGUCCAGGUCAUCCUGCUGCUGGCGGCUUUUAUCGCCGUCCCGAUGAUGCUUCUGCCCAAGCCCCUGGCCCUGCGCAGACAGCACCUGGCGAGCCUCCAGCACGGGGCAUACGGCGUGCUGGGCGGCUCCGACGCGGAGGAGCACGGGCACGGCGAGGACGGCGAGCACGCCCACGGCGACCACGACGAGUUCGACUUCAGCGAGAUCCUGGUGCACCAGAUGAUCCACACCAUCGAGUUCGUCCUCGGCGCCGUCUCCAACACGGCGUCGUACCUCCGGCUGUGGGCUCUCAGUCUGGCACAUGCGGAGCUGUCCGCUGUCUUCUACGAACGGGUGCUGCUGUUCGCUGUCGGAACGGGGAACCCCGUUGCAAUCGUCAUCGGUUUUAUCGUCUUCAUGUUCGCUACCUUGGGGGUUCUCAUGGUGAUGGAAACGCUGUCGGCUUUCCUCCAUGCCUUGCGUCUCCACUGGGUUGAGUUCAUGAACAAGUUCUACAUGGGAGACGGGUAUAAGUUCAUCCCUUUCAACUUCUCUCACUUAGAGGAGGAUGAGUAGACCACAUUGCUGGACUACUGGACCUACAUGUACACAACAUAGAUUCGGACCAUUGAAAAGCUCCUUGCUUCCACCUUCAGUCCACAAGAUACAAGCAAACCACAACUCAGGAAAUCAAGGGUGACACUUAUUUCUGGCAUUCAUUCAACUGUUUGAACGCUGCUGAUAGUAACCAAUAUCCGUCCAUGUUCCGUCCAA